AUGACUAAACUGGUUGGAAAUGGUAUCGAUAGUAAGGGUGCAAAUGGUACCCGUAAGAAGAUUGAUGGAUUGCUGAAUUUAGACAACAGCAAUUGAACUAUGUGAUACCGAAACUAUAUACCAAUGUGUACAAGCUAAUUGAGUCUAUCCUUGGACAACCAAACACAUUUCUCCAACAUGUUGUCAUUCUUGGAUGCAUUAGGUCAUUUGGAUUUGCAGAUGAAGUACUUGAAAGGUCAGUUUUAAUUACAGUAGUUGUAUCAUAUUAACUAACUGUUUCUCAUCAAUCAAAAGUGACUGUUUUUAUCAGAGGAAUGGUUUUCGUCAAUUUUCAGACGUUCCAACUGGGUAUAGGGGCAUGCCAGUCAGAAUAUUUUAGUCUGUCGACCACCAGACGAUUUUACUUGUCAAGGGGAGAGUGCUGCCCCUCAAUAUAUUAAUCAGAUGAUAUCUGCCAUUGCAUACUGUUGGGAGCAUUGGAGCAUAAUCAGUUAAUCUUACUCAUUUUAGAAAACAGCCAUUGAACUUAUGUGACAAAGAAACUACAGUAUAUAACAAUGUGUACAAGCCAAUCAAGUAUAUCCUUGGACCAAACCAAAAACAUUUCUCCAACAUGUUGUCAUUCUUCGAUGUGUUAGUUCAUUUGGAUUUGCAGAUGAAGUACUUGAAAGGUCAGUUUUAAUUACUUGUAUCAUACUGUAUUAACUAAUGACUAUUAUACACAAAUUAUAUGAAAACUUUUCUCCAAUGAUUCCCCUAUGUUUUCUGAGUCAGUUUCCAAAAAUAAAGAAAUAUGUUCAAAUUGUUGUGGAUAGGCAAAAAAAUUUCUUUCAUCAAAUUAGGUUUUUUUUUCAGGUUUUUUUUAGGGCUGCCUCAAAAACUCAAUCUUGAAUUGAGUUUUAAAACUCCAAUCUUCUCACCAAAAGUUUCAUUGCAUUUUUGUGACAUGUGGAAAUUAGUUUGUGAAAUUAAAUUUGGAAACCUGACAAUUAAGAAAAAAAACUAUGCAUUUUGCAUCUUUAUGUUUUAGUUUAUAGUUGUUGGAAGUGUCCCUUAGUGCCCCUGCUAAACUUGGCUAAACUCAAUCCUCUCAUGUCUGUGGUCCCCCUUUGCAUUUGACCCGACUUUUUCAAAACUGUUUCUCAUCAGUCCAAAGUGAAUAUUUUUAUCAUUUUUUAAAAAUAUUUUUGUUGGGGCAUGUCAGAAUAUUUUACUCUGUCUACAACCAGACAAUUUUACUUAUCAAGGGGAGUGCUGCCCCCUUAAUGGGUUAAUCAGACAAUAUUGCAUACUGUUGCUGGAUUAAUGUCCAAGACUCUUCCCUUGAUGAGUAAAUUCAUUGGCCAUUAGUUAGAACACAAAAAUAAAGGGAGCAUUGGAGCAUAAUCAGUAAAAUCUUACCCAUUUUAGAAAACAGCCAUUGA